AUGAUGUAUCCUUUAGUACUUGGUGUUCCUGGUGCGGAACUCUUGGCAUGGGGAGCGUCGUAUCUUAACCACGGCAAGGAUAAUAACUCGAGCAAAGUCGCGCGUAACGCGACAUUAGUCCCUGCGGUAUUUACCGUGUUCGGUAAGACGUUAAAUACCGUACACCCUUUGGUCGGUCGUUUGCGACGUUUGCGUGGAUGGUUUCGUCCGGUGAAAUGGGGCGCAAUUGGUCUGGUGCUGGACAAUGUUGUCCUAAGAAAGCUUAUAACCGCUCGAUCGGAGCCUGAUGAUGCUUCACAAUGCGAAAAAGACGAGAAAAAAGUGUCAUUUUGGAAAAGGCAUGGACCUCAGUGA